GUUAUAGAAUGAAAAUGAAUUAGUAUUCCUUGCUACAAUAUUUUGUCUAAUCAAGUGGCAAAGGCUAAAAACACGAGGCGCUAUGUUUGCAACAAGGACACCCGAGGAAGAAUCAUGCGAGGAAGAAAUGGACACAUCAGAGACCAACUGGUGCUGGUUUUAUCUAGCUGAGUGUGGAGUAUGGCAUAUGUUUGAGGUUGAUCCAAGCGCAGGAUGCUCAGUUACUAGUGAACAAAUUGAACAGCACUAUAGCAGGAACCAGCACGGCACCAUGGACUUUUAUACACCCAAAUACACUUAUAGAUUAGAUUUCUCAGUAAUGAAACAAAUCAACAUGAUAACAGGAAAACAGAGACCAAUCAAAAGAGCUCUGCAUUCUGCAACUAGUUUUAGGUUCAUCUGUGACAACCUGGCUCUCCCUGUUCCCUGUCACUGGGAAAGGAUCAAUACAGAUGAGCCCUAUCAGCUCAUCACUCUUAGCAGAGAUACCUUUGAAUUCAAAGAGGUGGCCAGACUGUUUGAGAGAACAAUGGGACAACCCAUCAAAUCUGUCCAGAGAAUACAGAACCUGGAUCUCUGGGAGUUUUUUUGCAGAAAAAAAGCCCAGUUGAAGAAGAUCAAGCGUGUUAUGGACCUUGAUGAGAGGAUGUUGUUUCACGGUACAGCCCAUAGUAAUGUGCAGGCCAUAUGCACUUAUAACUUCGACUGGAGACUCACUGGGAGUCAUGGUGAUGUCUAUGGAAAAGGGAGCUAUUUUGCAAGAGAUGCCAAGUAUUCCAGCAAGUUCUGCCUGUCGACAAGCAAACAUAAUUUCACCCUGCAGAAACAUGGCCUGGCUCCUCCAAUAUUUCAGAGUGAUCCACCGUACAAGUGCAUGUUUCUGGCGCGGGUCCUGGUAGGGGAGUACACCUUGGGUCAGCCACACUUAUGCAGACCCCCAUCCAAAGAUACCAGCAUCUCCAACUUCUUUGAUAGCUGUGUGGAUGACAUUGCCAAUCCAAAGAUCUUUGUCGUAUUUGAUUGCAACCAGAUAUACCCAGAGUAUCUAAUAGAGUUUUACUAAUUCCAAGUCUGGUGUGUGUCUCUGAUAAAAGAAAAAAA